AUGUUUAAUGCUGAAAUAAUAUGUGGGCAAAAAAAAAUCUCGUUUUCGCAAAGCAAUCAGAAAUCAAGCGCUUCACUGCUUAUUCCAAUGGAUUAUUCAAAUUGUACUCACCUGACCACUUUUGACUCUAAUCCACUCAAUAAUUCAGUAGUUGAGGCGCACAGCAGGCGAUGCAAGAUUGAAACAAAGCAAUUGAAUAAAGAUUGGAAGCAUCGAUGCAACACUUUAUGCAAUCACUUUUUGUUUAAUAGCCAUGCCAUGGGAAAAGAAAAAGAAGACGGCACUUGCCUGUUUCUCUUUUUUUUUCAAAAUAAAAUGUUAAACGGUUACAUUCGUUUUGCGUUCGUCUAUGUUUUAUGCUUUGCUUUGUGGAAGCUGUUUGGACAUUUGAGAGUGACUGAAAUAUUGUGA